AUGUCUUCCAACCUCAUUCGCGUUGCGCUGGUUGGGCUCUCGGCCAACGCAAUCACGUCCUGGGCGGCAACAGCUCAUCUGCCAUACCUCCAGUCCGCGCGAGGCCAGACACAAUACAAAGUAGUCGCGCUUCUCAACUCCAGCAAAGAGGCAGCUGAAAGAGCUCGCACUCACUUCAACCUCCCCUCUACCGUGAAGACAUACGGCGACCCGGCUCAGCUUGCUGCUGACGAUGAAGUCGAUCUCGUGUCGAUCGUCGUUCAAUCUGACAAGCAUUAUGCCGCCGUGGAGCCUUCAUUUCGAGCAGGAAAGGCUGUCUAUGUGGAAUGGCCGCUCACUGAGAGCCUCGAGCGCAGUCUCGCUUUGGUGGGCGAGGGGAAGGGCCGUGACAGAAACAUCAUCGGCUUACAAGCGCGACUCUCGCCAGUAGCAGCCAAGGUCAAGCAGCUGUUGGCAUCUGGCAGGAUUGGAAAGGUUCUCAACAGCCAAGUUCGCGGCUUCAGCGCCAUGGGCUUGGGGCAACGGCCGGGCACGCUCCUUGAAGGGCCUCUGGAGGUCUUGUUUACCCAGCGAGCGAUUGGUGGCAACCACUUUUCCGUUCUGUAUGCGCACAUGGUUGAUCUUGUCCACUCUGUGCUGGGCGAGUUCAAGGACUUUCACAGCCAGCUGCAGAUUCGGUGGCCAGAGCUCGGUGUUGUGGAUAAAGAUGGCGUGCAACUUCGUACACGAAAGAACGAUAUCCCGGACCUCAUCAGUGCUCAUGGAGAGCUUGCUCCCGGUGCUGCAGACAUUCAGGAGGGAGCGACUCUGUCUGUGCUGUACAGAAGCGGGACGCCUUUCAAGGGCGAAGACCCCUAUGCGUGGUAUAUCCAGGGCCAGACCGGAGAACUGAGGAUUACAAGUCCGUUUGGACCAAUUCUGCAGGCGGCCACAAUGCCAGGCGUCAAGAUUGAGCUUCACGACUAUGCGACAGACGAGGUGGCGGAGACUGAGUGGGAGUCGGAGUGGAAGGACUGGCAGAAGGAGCUGCAGACGCCGGGAUGCAAGUUGGUGGGAGACAUGUAUAACCGAUAUGCUCUGUGGCAUCAGCAGGAAGACAAGGAGGCGGCUCCAGUGGGAGGAGAGUGGCCGACGUUGGACGUUGCGAUCCGCAGGCAUCAGGAGCUUGACAGGAUGCUAAAGGACUUUGACAAGGCAGCUCAGACGUAG